AUUGAUUACAGAAUGGAGGGCUGCAUCACUCCAGUCCAGGAUCAGGGGUUCUGUGGUUCCUGCUGGGCAUUCAGUGCUACUGGGGCUCUGGAAGCCCAGUGGAUGAAGAAGACGGGUAAGCUGAUCCCCCUGAGCAAACAGCAGCUGGUGGACUGUUCCACACCUACAGGAAAUAAGGCCUGCGUCGGAGGCCGGCCCAGCCUGGCCUACAUGUACAUCAUGCAGAAUGGAGGCAUUCAGACUGAGGCCUCAUACCCUUAUGUCAUGGAGGAGCAGCCCUGUGCUUUCAACAGGAGCCAGGUGGCUGUGACGGUGAAAGACUGGAAGUAUGUCCCCGCUGGUGAUGAACAGGCUCUGGAGGACACUCUGGUUACCAUUGGACCUGUAGCUGUGGUCAUAGAUUCCACACAGCGAAGCUUCCAAUUCUACCGCUCAGGUCAGCCUCCUCAUUUCCUCAUUAACAUCCAUUAG